UCUUUUUUUUAGUUUACAAAAAGAAACAGUAAUUCAAAAACAUUUCUCACUAUCAAUUAAUUUAAAUAUAUAUAUAUACGAACAUCCAAUUAGAUCGAAUAUAGUUGGAAAACAUAUGUAGUGUUGGGCAUGGAGGAAAACAGUGGCAACGCCAAUUUGGGAAAUUUGUUGGCCAAGAAGCGACCUGGCAACAAGAAUCGCCAGCGAAGCUCACCCAGCCAAUUGGAGCAGCAGCUGACGAAAAAGGAGCGCACCACCAAGUUGCCGCUUGUUGGGGCUUUGGUGCACAAGGCGCUGCAAGCACGGGACACUAAACCGCCGGAGGAAGUAGCUGACCCAGUGCCACGGCAGCCAGCGCAGCCGGAACAGUCUGUGCAGCCAGAGCAGCCAGAAGAGCCAGAACAGCCCAACAAAAACAACAAUAACAACAUAAACAACACCACCAACAGCAACAACACCAGAAACGAGGACAACAACAACAACCAAAACAACAACAACAACGAGCCCACAAACGUCAACUGCAGCUGCUUGGAGUCCCAAGCAAAUACAAACUGUAGCAUGGUCUUGCCUUUCAAUCUUGGCCCCGAUGGCCACAACGUGGAUGCCAUACAGAGCGCACCGGCGGCAAGUGCACCACCCGCACACCUGGUGCUGCCGCCGGCGUAUGCACGCGGCCAGACGAACAUUUACACAGGUGUGCCGAUCAUUGUGAAUCCUUACAUCGAUUUCAUUGUGGUCAAUGGCGACGAUCGCUAUAUGAUACGUUGCGAGCGAAAGUCGGUGCUGGAGCGCAGCGUCGAACUGGCCAAGUUGAUACACGCCGGUCCGAACAGCGGACGCAAGAGCGAUAAUCAUUUUCAAAUCUCCAAUGUGGACAAAAACGAUUUCGAGCUGAUUGUUCGCUAUAUGGAAAAGCAUUUUAUACCCUAUCGGGAUCAUAAGCAUCUGCUAAAGAUACUCGAACUGGCGGAUCGUUUCAAUGUGCCCGAUUUGAUAAUUUACUGUAUUCGGGAACUUGAUCUCAGCAUUUCGAGUGCGACCGCGUUGGACAUAUUCAAGGCGCUCUGGUUCUACCAGGGCAUUGCGCUGACCAACCAACGCCAGACGGUGAUCACCACACAAGAGACUGCACAACAGCUGGCCCGCAGGCAGUCCAAGGCGAAGGCGGCGGCCAAGCAGCAGGCCGCGCAGGCGGCCCAGGCGAACGAGAAUGGCGGCGACGGGGAUGGAGCACAGGCUAAUCUCAUACCCAAUCCGAAUCCGUUUACCACCGAGGACUACGGUGUGGCGUUGCUGCACAACACACUCCAGCUGAUCGAUAUGCAUGCCGAGCUGCUGCUCUCGAUGAAGGCCAUUGCGGAUCUGAGGUUCGAGGAGCUGGAGACGCUGGCCAGGCGCGACACCCUGCAGCUGCGCUCCGAGGUGACGCUGUUCGAGUGUCUGGUCAACUGGAGUCUGGCGGAGUGUGCGCGCAGGAAUCUCGAUGCCACGCUGGACAAUCGCCGCAUGGUGCUCGGCCCGCUCUGCCUAACUCCUCGCUAUCUGCGGAUGAGCGCAUCGGAAUUUCGUCGCUGCUGCGAACGCAUUGAGCUGCUGCCGCAGCUGGAGACGUCCCUGAUCCUGGAAGCGCUCGAGGGCAAAAAGCUAAAGAACCUCACGGCCCAGCAAUCGGAGCUGAUGGAGAAGUUUCGCACACCACGCGCUGAAUACGCCCUCAUGCCGGUGCAUCUGAGCGAUCGCAGCAGCCCCAAGAAUUACCCAAAGAAGAUGCGUCUGGCCAGCGAGGGCCGACCCACCGAGGAGGGCUGCUGGGAGAAGGUGGGCAUCAACUGCCUGCGCGUGUUUGUAUGCAUUUUCGAUUGAUCCGACAGGGCUGAACCCUAAUAGACUUUUCUCAUUAACGAAUAUUAGCGCUUAUGAACAUGUGUGUACGUAUAUAUGUAUACACACUUAUACAUAUAUAUGUAUGCAUGUCUAUAGUAUAGAGUGUUGAUUAUGAUUGUAGUCUUAUGGGCAAUACGUUUACACAGUUACCAAAAUGCUGGCCAAGGCUGGCAGUGAUUUUAUAGCAUCUGUUUCUAACAUACUAUAUACCAUAGAGAAUAUAUAAUAUAUACAGUAUA